GGCUUAAGAAAAGCUAAAGAUUCCAUGAUCCAUCACACACGAAUCCCACCUACUAGGUGUGACCCCAACUAAUGCCGUUGUACUCUCAAACGUCAACGCUUUCAUAUUAUGCACUCUUUCAUUCAUGAAACCCCCCUCUCCCUAUGUUGGUAACAGAACAGUUGAUGACACUUUAGUACUAUUGUUGAUUCGGUAUAUCUUAUGUUGCUUUGGGGUUGAGUGGAUUCCAGCGAAAUGGGUUUGAUCCACAGUGAAAGUGGUGUUGAAUGAUAUCUUCUGCUCUCUAAAGAGAAGUAUCCAAUUUCCCUCUCUUCCUGUGCUGCACUCAUGGUGAGGCGCCAUGGAUGGCAGCUCCCUGCCCAUACCUUUCAGGUAAUUGCUAUUACUGUCUUCUUCUUGUUAGUUGUUGCAUUCUAUGCUUUUUUCGCUCCAUUCCUUGGAAGAAGUAUGUGGGAGUAUGCAGCAAUUGCAGUUUAUACUCCUGUGGCACUGGUUGUUUUUAUACUUUACAUCCGUUGUACUGCCAUUGACCCUUCUGAUCCCGGGAUUUUGGUCAAAUUGGAGAAUAGUGCAAUGUAUAAAGCAGACAAUAGGCUGGGGUUAUUGGGUAAGCAUUUGCCAAGAGACCCCAGUGAUGUUAGGCAAGCUUCCCCUUCUUCAGCAUCUAGAAGUUCCAUGGGUGUGCCAUCUGGCGAUAAGUCUUCCUUUGGUAAUGCUCAAAGGGUAGGAUACAGUGAGGAUUCUGGGCAGCAUAGUUCUUAUUCUAAAUUCAACAUUGGAGGGAUUCUUUGUGCAUUAUUUGUUAAAGAAGAUUACUGCAGACAUGAUGGAAUCCCUGAGGAAGGAGCUGGUGAAGACGAUGCUUUGUUUUGCACUUUGUGCAAUGCAGAGGUGCGCAAGUUUAGCAAGCACUGUAGAAGUUGUGACAAAUGUGUCGAUGGAUUUGAUCAUCAUUGUCGGUGGCUCAAUAAUUGUGUGGGGAGGAAAAACUACAUCACAUUUGUGUCACUUAUGGCUACUAGUCUCAUAUGGCUUGCAAUUGAAAUUGGAGUUGGUAUUGCUGUUGUUGUACGUUGUUUUGUGGAUAAGUCUGCAGCAGAGCAUCAUAUUGUUGAAAGGCUUGGGAAUGGCUUCUCCCGUGCUCCAUUUGUGACUAUCGUGGUCAUAUGUACGGCAGUUUCAUUGCUUGCAUGUGUUCCUCUUGGAGAACUUUUCUUCUUUCAUAUGAUACUAAUUCGAAAGGGUAUUACAACAUAUGACUACGUUGUUGCAAUGAGGGCACAAAGUGAUCCACCAGGGCCAUCUAUUGAUGGGGAUCAGGAGGAAAGCAUGCCGACGUCUCCCACUAGUUCCGCAGCAACAGGCUUGAGCAGAGGGAGCUCUCUUGGAGGCCUUCAAAAUAAAGGAGUAUGGUGUACGCCUCCAAGGGUUUUUAUUGAUUACCAGCAGGAUGAAGUUGUCCCACAAUUGGGGCCAGGACAAGUACCUUCCACAGUGGACCCAGAUGCUGGUGGGUUCCCAGAAAGGGGAGGUAACAAGAUGCCCAAGAGGCCAAUUAGAAGGAGUGCUUGGAAACUAGCCAAGCUUGAUUCAAGUGAGGCCAUGAGAGCGGCAGCCAAGGCUAGAGCAUCAUCCUCUGUACUCCGCCCAAUUGACCAUCGUCUUCCUAUGCAUGAACAUGAUUACAAUUCAAGUGGAAACAUCAGUAGCAGUCAAAGUAGUACGAGCACAGAAUUUGGGGUGCUAAAUAAGGAGACAAUCAAGAUUGCCUCAAGCCAAUCUCCAUUAAAAGCUUCAUAUCCACCCAGUCAAGCAAGCAUGGAAGAUUUAGAUACUGGGACUCAAAGCAUGAGCAGCUUCAGCAGCCCCCCUCACACUCACCAUGAUUCACUUGCUCUGAACCCUGCUCCACUAGAGAGACCAGCAGGUCCUACAAGCACUGUUCGUGCUUCCUUUCCCUUUAACCUUCCCAAACAAAAGAUCCCCGUUUUUCAGUCAUCUAGUGAAGUUUACUUUGACGGGAGAAUAGCACAGAGAAGUAAUAAUGUCACUGGGCUGCCCAUGCCAAUCCAAUCCUCCUCUCUUACUCAGGAUAAUAAGAGGACUUCUGUUGUAUGGGACCAAGAAGCAGGUCGCUAUAUAUCUUUUCCAACUUCUGCAAGAAAUGAUGUUGGUUUAGAAGCAACGAAUCGAUUUUCAACCCAAGCUGUGGAAGCUAGUAGUAGUGGUAAUGUGAAAAGUAGGGGGUCUCUUCCUGAUUCUUUUGCUGUGAAGAUUGGUAAUCAGCAAGCUGAGAGGCUGACCUACACUGGCCAAUCUAUUUUCUUUGGCGGCCCACUUUUGAGCGUGCCAGUUAGGGUGAAUGCAAGAGCUGAUGGAACUUCAGGUUCUAGGGAGAGGCAGGCACAAGAGAGAGCGCCAAAUUUACCACUGGAAGCUAGCGAUUUAGACAGGGAAUCUGGGUCGGCUGUAUUUGUCCCAAAGGCAUCUCACGCAAAACCUUCCUCUGGCUUGCCUUAGUUUCUCCUCUUUCAUUUCAGUAGGGAUCUUGAUUCCAUCGGCAGUUCAAAAGUUCUAUUGCAGGGUUCAUUCUCAAGUUCCGGACUGCAGCACACCCAAGUGUUUCUUGAUGGCAGAUGAGGAAAACAUUGAAGGCUUAAUUGGAUUCACGCUUCAGUUUGGUUACAUGAUGAGCAAGAGGAUAUCUAACUCACAGUCAUACUAAAUUUAUCAAGCAAAGGGUCUCUCUCCUAUGCUGAUGCUGUUGGAUGAGUGACUCUAGUUGAGAAACAGGCAAUCAGCUUUAGGACCCUAAUUUGAAGGGGUUUAAAUUCCAAGUGAUGAUGACUUUGGCUUCCAAAUUUUGAUUGUGAUAGAAAAUGGAAUUGAACAAAAUGUAAGAUGUGUGGAAUCAAGGAAUUUCUUUUGGUGCUAUUACUCAGGUGGCUCCAUUUUGUCUAAUGAAGCCUCAUGGAAUUGUAGCUUGUAUCAUAUAGAAGAAUGUCGUGUGAUCUCACAUGCGAUUUAUGAUAUAGGAGAUACACAACAUGCAAGGUAGCAAUUCUAAUAAUGUAAUUCCAUUGUUUUAAAUUACACCUAAUGAAAAGCCUUCACUGGCAGUAUGCUCGUCUUGUAGCUUUGGAUAUUUUGUCAGUAAUAACUGUUCUGGUUCUGAUGGGCAUUCUGCUCGAAUUUGUGUGGCCUUCCAACAAACCAAAUGUAUCAUGGGUUUGAUCCUUGUACUGAUAUCAUUAAAAU